AUGCCCACAGAACGUAUGCCGUGUAGGACCCUACUGAACCUGUCAAUAGCACGCAUGAGUGGUAGAUGUGAUGAAGGUGUUGCGUGGAGUUCUGCAUGGAGUGUCCUGGUCUCAAAGACGUGUUCCGAAGAUUGUCGUGCGGGCCACAGUUCGAGAAUUAACGAUCCACACCUGAGCAGUUCGUCUGCGUGUCCAUCCACUGGCCGUUAUCAUACGUGGUAUUCGCACCUGCGAGCAAACCGGAUAGGCUUCUAG